AUGGUACUUAUAAUUUCUGCUGAAGCCACUGACAUUAUUACCUCUGAUGAUGAUGACAAUAAUAUUGAUGGGGUUGUAAUACCUGAUCCAAGCAUAAAAUGUGGAGAAUGUCCAUGCGGAAAUUCAUGCAGCCAACAACUACCUCCUCCUCCUCCUUUGCCGCCUCCUGCAAAGGCCAUUAAUACAAAUUGUCCACCAGUAAUUCAACAGAAUAUGCCAUCGCCACCACCGCCAUCACCAAGGUUCAUUUAUUUCACAUCCCCACCAGUUUUUCAACAGAGUAUGCCAUCGCCAUUGCCACCUCCACCGCCAUCACCAAGGUUCAUCUAUUUCACAGCACCACCAGGGAACUUGUACUCAAAUGAUCCAUUUAAUUUGCAAAUUUAUUCCGGUGCAGUAUUAACUAGAAAGUAUCCCCCUUUUUAUUGUAAUUCCCUUCUGCUUCUUGUUGGUUGUGGGAUCCUACAGAUGCUGGUCUAA